CAGACUCCUCCUGUGGGGAAAUCCCCUGAAACACCACGCGUGGAUUUUGGUUUAGAUUUUUAAGAGGCCUGUUUUUAACGUUUUGUUGUUUUGGACCUUGCGUGAGUAACUCGGAACUCAUCACCGCAAGACUCUUACGAGAGUACCGUGAAAACCGUUUGGAGAGAGGAGGUCGGUGAAUUUUGCGAAUCUAAAACAAGCCAUGGCCGAAAGUCAAGAGUUUGCUGACCUGUGGGAGAAAAACCUCAUUUCCACUCCAGAAGCUGGCACUUGCUGGGAAUUGAUCAAUGAUGAGCAGUAUCUUCCAAGCUCCUUCGACCCAAAUAUUUUUGAUAACGUGCUGACUGAACAGCCUCAGCCAUCCACCUCCCCUCCAACCGCCUCUGUUCCAGUUGCCACUGAUUAUCCCGGGGAACAUGGCUUCAAACUGGGGUUCCCGCAAUCUGGCACGGCCAAAUCUGUGACCUGCACUUACUCCUCUGAUCUGAAUAAGCUUUUUUGCCAAUUGGCGAAAACUUGUCCAGUUCAGAUGAUGGUGGAUGUUGCCCCUCCCCAGGGCUCAGUGGUCAGAGCAACAGCCAUUUAUAAGAAGUCCGAACACGUGGCUGAGGUGGUCCGUCGAUGUCCCCACCAUGAGAGAACCCCAGAUGGUGAUGGAUUGGCUCCUGCUGCUCACCUGAUUCGAGUGGAAGGAAACUCUCGUGCUCUUUACAGGGAGGAUGAAGUCAACUUGAGGCACAGUGUGGUGGUUCCCUACGAAGUUCCUCAACUGGGAGCAGAGUUCACAACAGUGUUAUUUAAUUUUAUGUGCAACAGCAGUUGCAUGGGUGGGAUGAAUCGCCGGCCCAUCCUCACAAUCAUCACCCUGGAGACUCAUGAUGGUCAGUUGCUGGGCAGAGGGUCUUUUGAGGUACGUGUGUGCGCGUGCCCAGGCAGAGACAGAAAAACUGAGGAGAGCAACUUCAGAAAAGACCAGGAGACCAAAACCUUGGGAAAGACCCCCUCUUCUAAUAAACGUAGUUUGACGAAAGAGUCAACUUCAUCUGUGCCUCGACCUGAGGGCAGUAAAAAGGCCAAACUGAGUGGGAGCAGUGAUGAAGAGAUUUAUGCCCUGCAGGUGAGGGGUAAAGAAAGAUAUGAAAUGCUGAAGAAGAUUAAUGACAGUUUGGAGUUGAGUGACGUGGUGCCUCCAUCUGAAAUUGACAGAUACCGGCAGAAAAUACUCACCAAGGGUAAGAAGGAGAAGGAUGGCCAAACACCUGAGCCCAAAAGAGGCAAAAAACUAAUGGUUAAAGAUGAAAAAAGUGAUUCUGAUUAAGAUGGCAGGAUGCUGGGAUGUCUUUUUUUCUUUCUUUUUUCCCUUUGUUUGACCAAAACAGUUUGUCAUAGGGAGCACUUGGUGAUUUGCAGAUCCAUGAUCCCUCAGUCCUGUAUGUCAUGUGUUAUCUUGUUCACUCCACUAGGACCUUUGUAAGGCUAGUGAUGGCCAGGUGCUGUAGGUGUGUGGUGCUUUAUCAGCACUGGAGCCAUCAGUUUGCAGACCCGAUAAAUGAAUGUCCAGCGAUGAGGUUUAACCGUGUGUGGAAUUAUUCCUGCUGUAGGUCAGUGCAGGUCACUCUCCUCCCAACACGUAGUGAUAAGUUUGUAUGACCACUUUGAUAAAAA